CAGUACUUUUUCCAGUUUUGGAUUUUGACAGAUUUGACAUUUCGUAAACAACAAAAAUUCUCACGCUGCAUUCAUCUGUUACGACCAGAAAUCUUAUAAAAUCUUAUAAAAUCAACAUUUUCGAUAAAAAUACCCGGCUAAAAUGGGUAAAUUGAACGUAACAAUGAUGCGUUACCUGACCAAAGAGGAUUUUCGUGUACUCACAGCGAUCGAAAUGGGAAUGAAGAAUCACGAACUAGUUCCAGCACCACUGGCCGCAUCGAUAGCAAAUUUGAAAGCGGGUGGUGUACAUAAACUGUUGCGCGAGCUGUGCAAACACAAAUUGCUGUCAUACGAACGAGGCAAAAAGUUUGAUGGAUACCGAUUAACUAACACCGGUUACGAUUAUCUUGCUCUCAAAUCGUUAACUCUACGUGAAUCGGUGGCAUCGUUCGGCAAUCAAAUCGGUGUCGGCAAAGAGUCCAACAUUUACACUGUAGCGGAUGGGGAAGGCAAUCCACUGUGCUUGAAAUUGCAUCGAUUGGGAAGAACUUGUUUCCGUAACAUCAAGGAGAAACGUGACUACCAUGGUAAGCGUCACAACGCAUCAUGGUUGUAUUUGUCGCGCAUUUCUGCUACAAGAGAAUUUGCGUACAUGACCGCCCUGCAUGAUCGUGGAUUUCCAGUUCCACGACCCAUCGAUUUCAAUCGGCAUUGCGUUAUUAUGGAACUGGUCGAAGGAUACACGCUAACUCAGGUCAAUGAAGUGGAAGACGUGGAGCAACUGUACGAUGAUCUAAUGAAUUUAAUUGUCCGCCUGGGUAACUGCGGUGUCAUUCAUGGCGAUUUUAAUGAAUUUAACAUAAUGAUCACAGCGGAUGCUAAGCCAAUUUUGAUUGAUUUUCCACAAAUGGUUUCGACAUCGCACCAAAACAGUAGAUUUUACUUCGAACGGGAUGUCAACUGUGUCCGGCAAUUGUUUCGCAGAAAGUUCGGAUACGAAAGCUCAGAAGCGCCGUCAUACGACGAUCUAACGCGUGAGGAUGACAUAGACGUUGAGGUAUCUUGCAGUGGCUAUGGUUUCACGAAGGAAAUGGAAGACGAUUUAUUGGAGGAAUACGGCAUGGUCGAGGCGAACGACGAUGAGGGUGACAGUAGCGAUGAAGAGGAAAAUGUCGAGCAAUCGGACAGUAGUGAACGGUUGGAAGCAAGUACAAAUUACACUGAAGCACAACUGGAUUCGUUCCGACAACAAGUCGAGCAAGAGAUUGAAAAUUCGACGAAAAAACCGAAAGUGAAAACUGAGGCGGCCAAUUCAAACAUUCAAAAGUACAUCGAAUCAGUGUCCCAGCAUAUAGCCACCAUUCCACUUGGAUCUCCGUUGCCUGAUCAAGAUGAUGAUAAAUUUGAAGAUGCCUUCGAUGAUGCGGUUCCAAUGGCAGUGCCGAUAGUACAUCAUUCCAUCACAUCAUCGCAACCGGCAGCAAUCCAUGAUUCGGAUGCGGCCAGUGUCAGUUCGAAUGAUCUGAACGAUCUGGAAAACGACGAUCUGGCUGAUUUAGAUCCAAAUUCGCGCCAGUAUCGCUUCAAAAUGGUCGAGAAAAUUCUGUCCGAUGCCAGAAGUAUGCGAUCGUAUUCAACGUCGGCCAGCACAAUAGCACCGUCAGUGAUCAAGGACAAAAUCAAAAAGAACAUGGACGUGAAGGAGAAGAAAGAGAUACGAAAACGGUGUGUGGCUAAAGGUGAAGCGAGUGCGGUGACGCGAGGUCGGAAGGAGAAUCGAAAUACGUGCAAAGAGUAUGCUGGGUGGGAUUUCUAAUCUUUCGGCAGUUUUUUUUUUUGGUUUUAUUUAAGAAAAUGUUUUGCUGGUCAUAAACGAAUAAAAUGUUUAUUGUACAGAAUA